AUGGGUAAGAAGGCUAUUGACUCCCGUAUUCCGGCACUCAUUCGGAAUGGUGUCCAAGAGAAACAGAGAAGCUUCUUGAUUAUCGUUGGUGACAAGGCUAGGAACCAACUCCCAAACUUGCACUACUUGAUGAUGAGUGCAGACCUAAAGAUGAACAAGUCAGUGUUGUGGGCGUACAAGAAACAGCUUUUGGGAUUCACGUCACAUAGAAAAAAGAGAGAGAACAAGAUCAAGAAGGAGAUCAAGCGCGGGAUCCGUGAUGUGAAUGACCAGGACCCUUUCGAAGCGUUUAUUUCAAACCAGAACAUCAGGUAUGUCUACUAUAAAGAAACGGAGAAGAUUUUAGGUAACACAUACGGUAUGUGUAUUUUGCAAGACUUCGAAGGAAUUACGCCAAAUUUGUUGGCACGUACAGUUGAGACGGUUGAAGGAGGUGGACUUGUGGUGAUGCUCUUAAAGUCCAUGACUUCUCUUAAGCAGCUUUACACGAUGACCAUGGACAUUCACUCUAGAUACAGAACAGAGGCACACGAUGAUGUGGUCGCCCGUUUCAAUGAGAGAUUUCUCUUGUCUUUGGGUUCUUGUGAGACUUGUUUGGUAGUAGACGACGAGUUGAACGUAUUGCCCAUCUCCGGUGGUAAGCACGUCAAGCCUCUUCCCCCUGCUGACGAAGAUGAACUUACACCACAGCAACAAGAACUCAAAACGCUUAAGGAUUCAUUAGCAGAUGUCCAACCUGCUGGCUCCCUUGUUGCCCUUGCUAAGACAGUCAAUCAGGCUCAGGCGGUUUUGACAUUUAUUGACGUGAUUUCUGAGAAGUCUUUAAGAAACACUGUCACAUUAACGGCUGGAAGAGGUCGUGGUAAAUCCGCUGCCCUUGGUAUUGCCAUUGCUGCUGCUGUAUCUCACGGCUAUUCCAACAUCUUUGUCACCUCGCCUUCUCCUGAGAACUUGAAGACGCUCUUUGAGUUUAUUUUUAAGGGUUUUGAUGCUUUGGGCUUCACCGAACACAUGGACUAUGAUAUUAUUCAGCUGACAAACCCAUCCUUUAACAAGGCCAUUGUUAGAGUUGAUAUCAAGAGAGACCAUCGUCAGACUAUCCAGUAUAUAUCGCCUAAUGAUCACCAUGUUUUGGGUCAAGCCGAAUUGGUCAUCAUUGAUGAGGCCGCUGCUAUUCCAUUGCCUGUCGUCAAACGCCUCAUGGGCCCAUAUCUUGUGUUCAUGGCAUCCACCAUCAACGGUUACGAAGGUACCGGCCGUUCUUUGUCGCUCAAAUUAAUCCAGCAGUUGAGAGACCAGUCUCGUUCCAACUCGUCCAAUAAUGAGACCACAAUCGUCUCUCGUGACAAGAAGGGAAUUGACGUUGACACUGCUUCUAUGGCUAGAACUCUCCGUGAAGUCGUGUUGGAAGAACCUAUUCGUUAUGCACCUGGCGACCCUGUGGAGAAGUGGCUCAACAAACUUUUAUGUUUGGAUGCUACACUCACGAAGAAUGCACGUUUCGCUACCAAAGGAACACCCCAUCCAUCCGAGUGUCAGUUAUUCUACGUUAACAGAGAUACCUUGUUUUCAUACCACCCAGUCUCGGAAGCAUUCUUGCAAAAGAUGAUGGCAUUGUAUGUUGCAUCCCACUACAAGAACUCCCCGAAUGAUUUACAACUUAUGAGUGAUGCCCCAGCUCAUCAAUUGUACGUUCUUCUUCCCCCAAUCGAUCCAAAUGACAACAGAAUCCCAGAUCCCUUGUGUGUUGUACAGUUGGCACUCGAAGGUGAAAUUUCAAAGGAAUCUGUAAGAAGGUCUUUGUCGCGUGGUCAGCGUGCUGGUGGUGACUUAAUCCCCUGGCUUGUGUCACAACAAUUUCAAGAUGAGGAGUUUGCAUCCUUGAGUGGUGCCAGAGUUGUUCGUAUCGCCACUAAUCCGGACUAUGCUGGUAUGGGUUACGGUUCUAAAGCUUUGGAGUUGUUGCAAGAUUACUUCGAAGGUAAGUUCACUGAUAUCAGCGAGUCAAACGUCCUUGACGAUCACACACUCCAAAGGGUCACCGAUGACGAGUUGAAGGGUGCUUCUCUUAAGGAUGAGAUUCGUCUCCGUGACGCUAAGGCUCUUCCGCCGCUUUUACUCAAGUUGUCAGAAAAACCCCCUUAUGCGCUAGAUUACCUCGGUGUGUCGUACGGUAUGACUCCUCAAUUGCAUAAAUUUUGGAAACGUUCUGGCUUUGUUCCUGUUUACUUACGUCAAACCGCCAAUGAGUUGACUGGUGAGCACACUAGUGUUAUGUUGAAGGUCUUGAGAAAUAAGAACGACGCUUGGCUUCACGAAUUUGCCAAAGAUUUCCACAAGAGACUUUUGCACUUGCUUUCUUACGAGUUCAGGAAGUUCACUGCCGUUCAGGCACUUAGCCUAAUAGAAUCAGCCGAACUGGGAGAAAGCGCUAACUUCAAACCCAAACCAUUCACUAGAGACGAGCUCGAUGCUAUUCUUUCUCCAUUUGAUUUAAAGAGAUUGGACUCUUACGCUAACAACAUGUUGGAUUACCAUGUAAUUCUCGACAUGCUUCCAUUGCUUGCAUCCCUUUACUUCACUAAGCGCACUGAUAGCAAGGUAAGCUUGUCGUCUGUUCAGGCAGCCAUCUUGCUAGCAAUUGGGUUACAGCACAAGAACAUGGAUGACGUUUCGAAGGAGUUGAACUUGCCUGUAUCCCAAUCCAUGGCCAUGUUCUCUAAGAUUGUGCGUAAAUUCUCCACAUACUUCCGUGAAUUGUUGAGCAGGGAUAUCGAAAAGAGCAUGCCUGCUCUUGAAGAUGACGAGAUGCGUGAAAUGAAUGGAGAAGAGCCAAUAAAUGCUUACGAUGCCGAAGCAGCGGAGGAGGCGCUUAACGCCGAUUUGAAUGAGGCUGGUGAAGAAGCGGUGUCUGAGUUAAGGACGAAACAAAGAGAGCUUAUCAAUGCACUUGACUUGAAGAAGUAUGCUAUCAGCGAUGAUGUGAAGGAAUGGGAUGAUCAGGCUGCUGAGAGGGCCGCAAAAGGUGAUGGUGUUUUGAGCGUCAAGAGCAAUAGACAGAAGAGAAAAGGCGAAAGCUCCGAGAAGAUUCUCGAGAGCGAAAUGAAGAGCAAGUCUAAGAAGAGUAAGAAAAGAAAGUAA